UUAUCAUCGGCGAUACUGGAGUUGGAAAGUCAUGUCUACUUUUGCAAUUUACGGACAAACGGUUUCAACCAGUCCAUGACCUGACCAUCGGGGUUGAAUUUGGAGCUCGAAUGAUCACAAUCGACAACAAACCAAUAAAACUACAGAUCUGGGACACGGCUGGUCAAGAAUCAUUCAGAUCCAUCACAAGGUCAUAUUACAGAGGGGCUGCGGGCGCAUUACUUGUUUAUGAUAUUACAAGGAGGGAAACAUUUAAUCACCUUGCUAGUUGGUUAGAAGAUGCAAGACAGCAUGCAAAUGCAAACAUGACCAUAAUGCUGAUUGGGAACAAGUGUGAUCUGGCUCAUAGAAGGGCUGUAAGCACAGAAGAAGGUGAGCAGUUUGCCAAAGAAAACGGAUUGAUAUUUAUGGAGGCCUCAGCUAAAACAGCUCAGAAUGUUGAAGAGGCUUUCAUCAAAACAGCCUCAACAAUCUAUAAGAAAAUACAGGAUGGAGUGUUUGAUGUAUCGAAUGAGUCCUAUGGAAUAAAAGUUGGAUAUGGAGGCAUUCCUGGACCAUCAGGUGGAAGAGAUGGAGCUGCUUCUCAAGGAGGGGGUUGUUGCACUUAAAAUUUUAAAAUCAUUAUUCAAACUUGAUCAUGUUCUCAUCAUCUCUAUGCCAGCCGUCAUCACGGGUCUUUCCUUCUUAUCUUUCAGAGGUCUCUUUGAUUUGUUUUAAUGAUGUUAUCUGGGCAAAAAUAAGCCAAAUUCAGUAAAUAGUGGACAGUCCAUCUUUGUGUGCCCCCGUGUAUAAAAGUUGACAUUACAAAAUGUGAAUAGAAUUCCUUAUAUCUUGUGUGCUUGUGUGAAUGAGAAAUAUUGAACUACACUUGCCCGCC